AUGCCCGCCGCCAUGCUCAAGAGGCAUUGCAGGCCCGCCGUCCGCAAUGACCUGAACGCCCUCUGCAAUGCCGUUCGCGGCUUCCACUUCUCUCCCGCCCGCCUUGACGACAACAACAACAGCAGCAGCGCCGCCGGUGCUGCAGCUCCCCUCGUCUCCGCCCGCGCCCGCUCCGCCGCCGCCAGCCAGCGCAUCCAGUCCAUCAACCAGCCGCGCCCCAAACUGCUCACGCCGCGCCGCCCGCCCGCCCAAGACGCCAACGGCAAGCCCGCCCCGCGCCUCGUCAUCCGCCGCGAACCCGUCAAUAGCCCCGGUGACUCGAGCAGCAGCCGGCCCCCUCCUCGUUUCCAGGCCAGAACCGGCUCCCGCGGCGGCUCCCGCGGCGGCUCCCGCGGCGGCCCCCCCGGCCGCUUCGGACCAGGCGCGCGCUCAGGGCCCGGUGGCCGCCCCGGUCAGAACCGCCAGCGCGGCGGCGGCCGCCGCCCCCCCAGGAGAGGAGACAGGAGAGACGCCCCGGCGGCCGAGUCGGCCGAAAUCUCCGACACCAUGCUGCGCUACCUGGUGCAGCUGCGGGGCGAGCAGCGCGCGGUCCGCGACUUUGAGCCGCGCGAAGAGCAGCCCGCGGGCGUCCUGAGCGCCGGCACCGCGACGCUGGGCCAGCCCGCCGGCGCGACGGCCGUCCUCGAGGAGCGCCUGCGCUUCCUCGCCAGCCGCAAGGAAAUGGAGCCCGUGUCGCUGCAGAUGCUGGCGCGCCGCCUCGUGCGCGGCAACUUUGUCAAGUUCGCCGACGACAAGGAGCGCGAUGCCGUGCUCGCCCUCGUCGCCGAAAACCAAGAACGCAUCGCCGCCAAGCUGUCGGCGAAGAAGGGCCAGGAAAUCAAGCCAAAGCCCAUCGAGUUCGAGGAGCUUGCGGGCCUGCCUCGCCAGCGCACUACCGACUCCGUCGUCGCGGGUCGCUACGCGGUCCAGCAGGGCGACUCUUGGCAGGACAGGGCCCUGCGCUCCCUCAAUAUCAAUGGCUCGUAUGCUGGCUCCGACGCCCAGAAGUUUAUGAGCAGGGUCGAUGCCAUUGCUGGCGCUCAGGGUGCCGCCAGGUCGGCCAGGCGGGCUGCUUAG